AUGGGAGCUUUCUUCACUUUGUCCACCUCUGCUGCUGCCAUUCUUCUCUUAAUUCAUGGAGGUUUGUGUGUGGAUAUCAUUGGAGGAAAUGAAGUAGCACCUCACUCAAGGCCAUUUAUGGCCCUAAUCGAGGGAGGUAAACGAAAAACUCUUUGUGGAGGAGCAUUGAUCAAGGAAAACUGGGUCCUAACAGCAGCCCACUGUGAUGUGAAUGGAGGCAAAGUUAUUCUUGGAGCUCAUUCACAGAAAAAAAGAGAAAGUGAAAAACAGGUUUUUAAGAUCACCAAACAAAUUCGCUACCCUUGCUACUGUUCCAAUUCUAAGGAACAUGACCUUAUGCUGCUGCAGCUUCAGAAAAGAGCAAAAAUUAAUAAAGCUGUUCAACUCAUUCCGCUGCCUGCUUCAGAGGAUGAUCCCAAACCAGGAACAACUUGCACCGUAGCAGGAUGGGGACAAACUAAUAAUCGUGAGAGAAAGUCCUCUGAUACCCUGAGAGAGGUCAACAUCACUGUCAUUAGUAGGCAAAUUUGCAAUGACAACAACCACUAUAAAAACAACCCUGUUAUAACACACAACAUGAUAUGUGCAGGGGCUAAGAAUGGAGGAAAGGACUCAUGUUCUGGGGAUUCUGGUGGACCUUUAAGAUGCAAUAAUGUGAUGAGGGGCAUCACUUCUUUUGGGAAGGCAAAUAAGUGUGGUACUGUUGAUGGCCCUGGAGUCUACACUCGACUCACAAAGCAACACCUCCAGUGGAUACGGAAAACCAUAGGGGGAGCCUAA